AUUUCUUACCACUUCGUUGCGCAACUUACUUUUGUUCUUCAUAUCCAGAGCAGGGAUUAAAUAAGUGCAUAACUGUAAACACUUUAAAAGUCGAACUUUCAUCAACCCUCCAGUUUUUGGACACUAUUUUCCAUUUAGACUUUUGAGCAUGGCAGUAUCAGUAUCCAGCGAUUUGUCCGUCACUGUGGGUGAGGACGUUGUUGCUGAUAAACUACCGGAUAAACAAACUCUGAUGAAAAAUUUCCAGAAAGUACAGUCCAAAGCUCUGGGGGUUUCCCAGUUGAUGUUGGGACUGCUGGUCAUGAUUAACUCCAUCCCACUCUUGUGUACUGAUUUUACUGAGGUUGUGACCUUUGGAGUGCCUUUAUGGAGUGGUCUUGUGCAGUUUGUCAUUGCAGGGAGUCUUGCCACAAUGAUGGAAAAAUACACCAACAAGAAUUAUCUCUACUCCUGUAUCGCCAUGUCGGUGGCAGCCAUGCUAGCUUCUACCACUGCCCUCAUCAUCUACUUCAUUGACAUCACCAGACACCAAGCGGCAGAGUGUGCUCGCACAGAUAUUCAUACAACAUGUGUGAAUGAACAUUAUACUGUGUUGUUCAGUAUAGGUGUGAAGACAUCCCUGGCAUUAUACACCCUGAUCCAUGCCAUCAUCUCUGCCAUCCUGACACACUCUUUGAACAAAGCUAGGAAGAACCUUGGCGUCUACACGAUAAUGUGCAGUUAAGGAGUCACAGAACAACUGAAGCGGUUACAUCCAGAAAUCGGCUGGUUCUUACCACAGUGUUAUGCUCUUUCAGUAUUUCCUAUAGUUAUG